AUGGCUGACCAUUCGGCCAACGCCCUGAAGCGGCCUCAUCCCGAGGAUGAAGGCAGCAACACCCAGAAAAGGACCCGAUCAAACAAUGGGUCUCCAUUACCUGGUCAAGGAGGACCUACAUCGGGGAAGGUCGAUAUCGAAAGGAUGGUUGCCGAAGCGCGAGCUAAAGCUGAAGCUGUGCGCGCUCGCCUACAAGCUGCUCGAGGCGGCGCGUCACCCAUGGUGCCCCCAACACAGUCAAGUCCCAGCGCAGCACCCCCGGCUGUUAGUCCAGCUAUGUCUAGGCUGGAACAGAUGAAGGCGAGAGUAGCAGCAGCUACGGGUAGGGCCGGCUCAGCGGCGUCUCAACAGCGAACGCAAGCCCAAGCACCGUCCUACCAACCCCCAAUGCUCGACGAUGAAGGCCUCUCGAAAGCUCGCGGUGGCCUGGAUGUCGGUCUUCACCCAGCUUUACUUUCCGAUGCGACACCGAGCUUCCGUGGAGCCAAGGGUCGUCAGCCGUCCAAGAUGAGUCGACGCAUGGAUCCCAACAAGCAGCUCGAUUUAUCCGGCCCAUCGAUCGAGGAAAUUAAGAACCAACCCUACUUCGAUCCAAGUCUCGGUCCAAAAGCAACGGUGGCAAAGCCGCGCCAGUCACGACAGCUCAUCUUCAAUGAGAAAGGCAAAUACAUUCAGCAGGCCGCUGCGCUACGCCGGCAGGCGCAGUUGGAGGCUAUGAAAAAGCGGAUCGCGGAGAAAGCAAGACAAGCUGGUAUUGAUGAAGAUAUGGAUGUGGAAAAGGCAUACUUGGUACCAGCUCCUCCCGCUUUAGAAUGGUGGGAUGAAGGCUUGGUCAACGGUAGUGACUAUGCUGCCAUUGAUGACCCCGCGAACCUCAAGGUCGACACCGCCGACACCAUCAUUACCCGCUAUGUCCAACACCCUAUUCUCCUCGAACCACCGCAAGAAAAGCACAUGCCGACCCAGAAGCCGAUGUACCUCACGCCAAAGGAACAAGCGAAGAUCCGUCGGCAGCGUCGCAUGGCAGAUUUGAAGGAACAACAAGCAAAGAUUCGGCUGGGUCUGGAACCGGCACCAGCUCCCAAGGUCAAGAAGUCUAAUCUUAUGCGGGUUCUGGGUGAACAAGCAGUCAAAGAUCCUACGGCUGUGGAGGCUCGAGUGAACAGGGAGAUCGCAGAGCGGAAAGAGGCGCACGAGAUGAUGAACGAGGACCGCAAGUUGACUCAAGAACAACGACGCGAGAAGCUGGUCGCCCAACAGGAGAAGGAUGCCGAACUGGGUAUCUACGUCUCAGUCUACCGAAUCGACAGCCUUGCGAGCGGCCGGAACCGCUUCAAAAUCAGUAAGAACGCCGAGCAGAAUGCGUUGACCGGAAUCUGUGUCAUGCAUCCGAAGCUCAACCUGGUCAUUGUGGAGGGUGGCAAGCACUCUAUCAACAAUUACCGGAAAUUGAUGCUCAACCGAAUUGACUGGACGGACAACCCUGGUCCAGGAGCAUCAGAUGGGAAAGAUGAAGGUCAGCCCAUCUGGCUGUCCACGGAGGAUGAAAAAGGUGAACUGCGCGAUUUCGGAAGCAAUACUUGCACGCUUCUCUGGGAAGGUCAAGCAAAGACCCGUGUAUUCAGGAAAUGGCUGGGCGCCAGAGUUUGCGAGUCCGACUCAGCAGCUAAAGACGUUUUGACUCGCUCCAAGAUGGAGAACUUCUGGGCUUUGGCCAAGAGCGCCAAACCAGCUGAAUUUUGA